AUGGGUAGCAUAGGCAUUACCGACACGCAGCAUCAGAGGUAUCGUAUAGGAGUGGACGUGGGAGGUACUAACACCGAUGCUGUCCUUAUCUCUUUGUCGCCGACUCAGAUAGUCGCGUCGUAUAAGGCGCCCACGACUCCAGAUGUGACGACGGGUAUCACCGAGGCCGUCCACGCCGUCAUCCAGGCGAGCAAUGUGGCCCUGGACACCAUCAGCUGUGUCAUAAUCGGCACGACGCAUUUUGUCAAUGCCGUGGUGCAGCGUUCCUCGUCCCUGCAGCCCGUCGGCGUGGUCCGCCUGUGCGGAGGGAGCGAGCACGGCUUCGGGCUCGGUGUGCCCCCCUUCAUCGACUUUCCCCGGGAUCUCCGCCGGCUGAUCGCCACGCGGCCAUUCUUCUGCCACGGCGGGCACCAGAUCUCGGGCGCCGAGAUCUCGCCCAUCAAUGAGGCCGAGCUCAGAGCCGUGGCCGAGGAGUUGGUCAAGGACGGCGUGUUCAACGUCGUGGUGGCGGGCAUCUACUCGCCGCCCAACUCAGCACAUGAGAUCCAAGCCGGAAGAAUCCUCUUGGAGAGGAUGCACGAAUUGGCUGCUUCUUCAGGUCUGUCGGUGCGAUCUCGAGUGACGCUGUCGCACCAAAUCUCGUCCCUGGGGUUCCUCGCGCGGGAGAACGCGGCCAUACUCAACGCAGCAUUGAGGCCGCUUGCCGAAAGGACCAUUUGGGGAUUCCAGAAGGCCAUGCUGGAAAUCUUCCAGGGGUCGCCCUGUGCAUUGUAUCUCACACAAAACGACGGGAGUGUCCUGAAUGCGCCCGAUGCCAUUGACCUGCCGAUCCGCACGUUCAAUUCCGGUCCCACCAAUUCCAUUCGAGGCGGCGAGUUCCUGUGGACGACGGCAAGCACGGGCCCAGAUGGAUCCCAGACAGUGGAGCCGCGCCAGGAUGCCCUGGUCGUUAUUGACAUUGGAGGAACUACCUCGGACAGCGGCCUAUUGCUGCCUAACGGACUGCCCCGAAUGAGCUCGCUGAUGAGUCUUGUCGGAGGUGUGCGAACCAACUUUGCUUUGCCGGCCGUGGAGAGCGUGGGGCUUGGCGGCGGAAGCAUUGUCAGAGUCUCGGAAGACCAUCUGACAGUCGGACCAGACAGCGUCGCGCUGGAGCUACCGCAAAAAGCUCGUCUUUUCGGAGGAGACGUCCUCACAGCAACGGACAUUGUGGCCGCGUCCGAGCUGUACUCACCCUCUGCCGAGAGUCCGCUUCGGGGACUUGGAGACCCCGCCCGGCUGAGAGAUGUCGUCACGCCCGAGACCGUCAAGCGAGCCAAGAAGGAGAUGCGCCGGAUCGUGGAGGAGCUGGUCGACCGGACCAAAGUGCAAAAGGGGGACGUGGACGUCCUGAUCGUGGGUGGGGGCGCCAUCCUGAUCGACACAGACGAGCAGCCACUUGCUGGGGUGCGCGCCGUGCGCAAGGUCAAGGGCGGCGAAGUGGCCAACGCGGUCGGCGCAGCCAUCUCGCGAGUCUCGGGCAUCGUGGACACGGUUAUGGACACCUCUCAGCAGACGCUAAGAGAGGCCCAAGAGAUCGUGUCAAGGCAGGCCACCGACGCCGCCGUAGUCAACGGAGCCAGGCGCGAAACGGUCGAGAUCGCCGAAGUCACCAUCCUGCCGAUCCAGUAUGUCGAUGCAAAGGCCCGGAUCCUGGUCAGAGCAGUUGGCACUCUGGAUGUCGUCAAGCAUGCCAAACAAGGAACAUCACCUCAAGUCGUUCUGCCGGAUCUGCUCCAGCAGAAUCUCAGCCAGACCUCAAGAGAAGGUACCUCAAGCAACUCGGAAGAGGAGAACGAGGCGGCGGCGGCGGUCGAUCUCCCAAGCUACUCACCCCGGGUCGAAAACCGAGAGUGGAUCAUCUCAGCGACAGAUCUCGAAUGGAUCGCGAGUGGGUGCAAGAUCCUGGGCUGUGGCGGGGGAGGGGAUCCGUACCAGCAGUUCCUCAAGAUCACAUCAGUACUGAAAAAGGCGCCGGGUUCCAUCAAAGUGGUGUCAGCGGACGAUCUGCGCGAAGACGCCGUAAUUGGGUGGACGGGAUGCAUGGGCAGUCCCGAGGUCAGCCUGGAGCGGAUGGAGGCGGACGAGUGCAACAAGGCGCAGGACGAACUGACGCGGGUGCUGGGGAUAGGGCCUAUGGACGGAUUCAUGGCGGUCGAGAUCGGUGGCGGGAAUGGGAUGGUCAACCUCGAGGUGGCAGCUGCGCACGGCGUGGUCACCGUCGACGCCGACCUGAUGGGCCGCGCGUACCCGACCUUCUGGCAGACGACGGUCAACGUCUACGGCUCGCCGCGGGGUGAGGCCCUGGUGCCCGCCACCAUUGCUAGUGGGGAUGGCUCCUUCAUGACCAUGACGGCCAGUCGGACCGACAGGUUAGUGGAUAGUGCCUUACGAGCCGCCACGGUCGAGAUGGGAUGCCGCGCGGGCAAAGCUGGGCCGCCCAAGACGGCCAAGGUCGUUCGCGAACAGGCUAUAUUGCACACGGUGUCUCUAGCGUGGUGGAUCGGCCGCGCCGUGGCCUUGGAGAAGAACAUCGCCGACCGGGCCAAACGUAUCGUCGACGCCGUUGGUGGUGAAGCCAGUGCGCGCAUCCUGGCCGAGGGCAAGAUCACCAGUGUCGAGCGCGUGCUCAAGACGGGCCAUUCGUACGGCGUCGUCGAAAUCGACGGGAUCUUGAGUGGUAGCGGCGCCAAAGCGACGGUGCGGAUCCCGUUCAAGAACGAAAACGCCUUUGUCGAGGCCACCAGUGUCACCAGUGAGGGCAUUCAGACGACCUCCGUCUUGGCCUCGGUGCCGGAUCUCAUCGCUGUGCUGGACCUCGAGACCGGCGCCGGCUUGGGGACUCCCGAGUACAAGUACGGGCUGAAAGUGGUCGUCGUCGCCAUCGCGGCGUCGCCACGCUGGACUGACACGCCCCGGGGACUGGAACUUGGUGGGCCGGGCUCUAUGGGCUUUGAUCACGUCCCGUACGUGCCCAUUGGCAAGUACACUAAGCCAAGGAGUGUGAUUGAGACGUUUUCCUAG